AUGGAGAAUUCAUACGGUGUGGGGAUCGUGAACAGAUACGCUCUUUUUUUGGACGAUGAGUCCGAUCCUCUUGAUGCGUUAAAAGCCCGUGAGCAAGCCAAGGAGCUUAAAAAGAAGACCAAAGAAGCUGAAAAAGAGAAUAAAGGGAAACCUGAGGUUAAGGCUAAGAGCGGCAGUGUAGUUCCUCGUAAAGGAAUCAAGGAAACCCAAAAUGUGAAGCCUCAAGAAAAUAAGAGCGGUGAACAACAAAAGAGCAAAGGACCGGCUCGAACUGGUGAACGACCUAGCGAGCGUCCCCCGCCUAGGCGCCGCGAAGAAAGGCCCCAAAACGGUGCGGUAGACGGCAAGGAAACUGCGCCGAGGCCCCCUCGUCGUGAGUUCAGUGACCGUCGUCCUAACGUUGAGCGACGCAACUUCAGCGACAACCCUGAGGGCGGUGAACGUCGUGGGCCGCGACCGCCGCGUGAACCACGUGAGGGGCAGCGCGGUCCGAGGCCGGGAUACGAUAGUCGGGGCAAGCGUGAGUUUGACAGGCGGUCCGGUUCCGAUAAGACCGGCGUGAAACCCGUCGACAAGCGCGAAGGGGGUGGUCCCCAUAACUGGGGUACCAUCAAAGACGACUUAGACGAGUUGCAGAAGACUGGAUCGGAGGGUGAGGUUGCUGACGAGAAGGUUGCAGAUGUUGCCGCCGCCGGAGAUGGUCAACAGCCCGACGCUGAGCGUACGGUGCCUGCCGAAGAGGAGCCCCGCGAACUGACUCUGGACGAGUACAAGGCGUUGCGCAAUGCACAGCGCAUGGCGCCACAGUACAAUCUGCGCAAGGCCGGCGAAGGUGAAGACCUGAGCCAGUGGAAGAACCUGGUUAUGCUCGAGAAGAAGAAAGAGGGCGGAGAGGACGACGAAACUGACGAGGAAUACGAUAUGUCUGACUAUCCGCAGCGCGUGGGCCGUCAGAAGCGCGUUUUGGGUAUCGAGUUCACGUUCAACGAUACGGCGCGGCGCGGCGGCACGGGCGGGCGCGGGCGCGGACGCGGGCGCGGGCGCGGACGGGCCCCGCCGCGCGAGGAGCCGCAGCCCGAGGAGCGCCCGCUGCCGCGCAACCAGGUCGCGCCUCCCAAGGUCGACGACAGCAAGGAUUUCCCCUCUCUCAGC